CGGUGCGCUCGCGUAGUCAUGCUGUGCUCUGCGCGUUGCUCGUGCUUUCUAUGUCGCGAGCUCCAGUCCUGCCACGCCGCUGACGCCCGAAAACCGCCCGCGAAACACAACAUGUGUGAUAAUUUUAUACUCAGGAAGGCGGAGGCCUGGGAACCCAUGAAAUUCAUUCGUGGAGCGGCAAGACUCUCAGUACGACACUGGCAGAGCCGGGAACCGCUCGCACCUGCUAAAUCUCGUGUGUCAUCUCAUAAAUCAACCAGCUGUGAACAAUUAUAUCAGCAACCAGUCGAAGAUACCGGGCCCUUCGCUAUGCGCAAAGCACCUAGCACCGAUCGUGUUAAACAAACCGAACAUAAGCCUCUGUUUAAACUUCUAGGGAACUCGCGUUCUAAAAAAAAUAACAGUGACAUUCAAGAAUCAAAUUUCCGUCGAAGCGUUCUUAAUUUCAGAAAAAACGAAGCACCGAGUUCCAAAAACAUUCACGAAAAAUACAUACCUUUGAAACGAGCUUCGUCACCUCCGGAACAUAUUUACAGCGAACCAAAGCAGUGGAACUCGCAAUACGAUGAAUGUUGCCGACCUCCUGUGUAUCAAAGCGUUGAAAAAAAGAUUGCAGCUAAUAAAGAAGCUGCAGAUAAAAAGAUUUAUACUAAUCGUCCUCCUUGUUAUGAUGAAUUGACUGAGAGACUAUCUCAUGACAAGUCAAGGAAAGCCAACAUCCCUCUCACUGAAGGAGGUUUGGCUAAUAAAAUAACUCAAAAUAAUAACAAAGUAGUUAUAUAUUUCGGAGAUUCCAUAAUUCGGAAACACACAGAACAGAAAAAAGAAGAAAAUAGACAGAAGGAAAUCACGAACCAAAAAGAAGAAGCAAUAUACGUUAAUCGACAAAUAGUUGAGUCUGAAAAUUUGGAACCAAACAAAGAUGUGGAUAAAGGUGGAGGAACUCAACUAGUUUCCGAAGUCGAAGUACCGGAGGCUAUUUACUCUGAAAUCAAAACCGAAGAUCUUAAAGAAACUCACGACAUUGUAACUGUAAACGAUGCGACUUAUAAAAAAGAUAUUUUUGAAUCUGUGAGUCCAGAUGGAUUUUUAGUAGUAGAGUUUGAAGGUAAUUUUGAAAGAGCUCGUCAGUUAGUCGAGCUAGUGCAUGGAGGACGAGUUGACCACAAUGAGGCUACGGUGUUAGAUGAGGAUGAGCAGUGUGACUGGAGCUUCAUUCAAGAUUGGAGAAAACGGCCGUCGAGUGGAUGCCGGCCGUCUGAAGAAGGCGCGUGGUGCGCGAGCGUGUCAGGAGCGCGCGCGUUGCGCGUACGUGUAGCAGGUGCAGCAGCCGCGCAUGCGCGCCGUCUUUCACCGCCACCGCACGCGCACCGCGCUACCACGCCACCUCCGCCGGCGGAACCGCCUUCUAAACCAAAUGUAGAAGAUCAGCCCCCUACGUCUCCAGAGGCACCAACUGCUGCACAACUGAAGCCAGUGAGCGCUGUGUCUCAGAUCACAGUAGCCAGUUCUCCGGUGCGCAGCGCUCCAGUACAGAGUAGCUAUGCACUGGAACGACGGACCAAGCAUGACCAUCGGCCUGUGGAGACAGCACCAGUGCAGAAUGGUGUACGUGAAUGCAAUAGCAGUUCGGAUGAGAAUAGGUCGUCAGGGCACGCGUCGAUGUCGGACAGCGGUGGUGGAGAAGCGGGCCGGGAUGAGCCGCGCAGAUCAAGACAACCGCCGCACGCAAGAACAAAACACCGACCUCAUAAUAAGUUACAGUCACCUUGGCCGGGUGGAGGCGGUCUGGAGGACAUCAGGUCAGCGAUCAAACAGCUGACGCUUCGAUCCCGUGACAGCAGUAGCACAGCGACCAGUGGUGCUUCAAGUGCUGGUGGUGGCAGUAAUAAUGGAGCCCCAGAGGGUGGCAGUGUCGGUGACGCUCGACGAAGACGUGCCCCACUGGUGCGUCAACCCUCACUUGACACGGUCUGCACAAACGUCACGAGUGCUGAUGAAUUCGUGUGGGUGGACUCACAUAAUAGACUAGUAGAGCUCCGAUGCGUGCCUUGGACGGCAGGCGAGGUCAGCCGCGCACUGCAAACGGGCCGCUGUCGAGAGCUCACCGCGAGGAUGGCGCCCGAUGCACCACCGCGACUUGCUUAUUUAUUACAAAGAGCGUUAGUCCGGAUCGCGCGGGAGGCUCAACGUCUGUCGCAGAACUUUGGCUUCUGUUCCAAGCACGAGGUAGCUGGCGCCUUCCGGAUCGUACUCAGCACUCCGCUUGCUGACGCUUGCAUCAAGGGUUGUCAACGAGCAGCUACGAUGUACGCGACAUCUGGCAGUGCAGCACGACGGCUCGGCUCAGCGGCGCGCGCACGCACUUGCCUCGCACCCGGACGCUUUCAGCGCUGGAUGCUGGACGUACGCGUCGCAUCCUUCGUGCACGAAUACGCGGCAAUCUAUCUCUGUGCGGGCGUGGAAACGCUUUUAGAGGAGAUAGCGCUAAUAGCUGGUAGUAGUGCAGCCGCGUUGCCCAUUACGCCAGCAACCAUCGACCACGCAGUCGCCACAUGCGCGGAUCUGUGGGGCUUGCUUCAACCAUAUAGCCACUUAAACGCAGGAAGAGUAGCAUCAGGAGCGUUAUCCCUCUCAAGAUGGGAGUCCAUGAGUUCUUUAGGUUCUGGUUCAUCCUCAGGAGCACCACGACCAGAGCACCGGCAGUUGGGGUUGAGCCACGAUUCAGGAAUAACCACUAAUGGUUCUGGGGGAUCGGGUGCAUCCGCCGGUUCUAACAACAGCGGCGGCUCAGGUACAUCAGUGUUAUUGACUACGUGUGCGGGAUCAGCAGCAGAACUGCGAGCAGUACUGCGGCAGGUGCAUCCACGGCACCCGCCUCUGUCGCCCGGUGCAGAGCAAGCUCUAUACUACUUUAUGCGAUGUUCACAGUUAGAACACACAUCCAGCGGCGCAUCGGGCGCAUCAGGCGCGGGUUGUGCGGGCGCAGGUGGGGCGGGGUUGUGGGGGGAGCGCGGUGCGGGCGCAUUGCCGCCACUGGGUGAGUGGGUGCGUGUGGCACGCGCACACGCCACCUUACGCCCGCCUCCCGCAGUGCCUGACGCUGAUGACGUGCUGCAAGCUGCGAGACUACUACUGCCGCAUGCUGAUUGUCCGCCACGGCCUGUCACUCUAGAGGAGGCGAUAGAACCAGCGUGGUCGCGUUGUCAACGGACACCAGACGAAUUGAGUCGGGCGGCAUUAGGUCUGGCACAACGAGCAUUACUAAGCGGUCGACCUGAGUUGGUGGGUGGAGUACGAGCGCUCCUACCGCCCGCCGGCAUCGAUGCAACUGAUGCAUCGGGCCUAACAGCACUGAUGAAAGCCUCGCUAGCCGGUGACGAGCAAGUCGUUGCCAUGCUGCUAGAAGCGGGCGCGGAUCCCAACGUAGAGACCGGGGGCGCAGCAGCUCAGCACUGUGCAUUGUUGUCGCCACGAACUCCCGCACUCACAUCGCACUCAGCGUCCCCUCCCAGUCCUGGAUACACGCCGCCUACCGCCGGAUGGACCGCCUUAGUAUACGCGUGUAGCGGCGCGGGCGCGGUGGAGGUGGCGCGUCGCUUGCUGGCGGCGGGUGCGCGCGUGGACGGCGCUCCCGCACGAGGCGACGACGUGUGUACGCUCACUCCAUUACAGAUGGCGUGUGGCGUCGGCAAUUUAGAAUUGGUGCAGUUGUUAUUAUCCCACGGCGCUGACCCCUUCCUCUCGACGCAACUCAAUGAUGCUUUGUGCUACUCUGCAGCGGCACAGUAUGGGUGUUACAGCGCGGUCGCGGUGUGCUGCACUCACGGUCGACGUGCGAGCUUGCGCGCUGCGGUGCGUGGCGGCACGCGCGCUGGCGGCGGCACCAUUCUGUCGCUGGAGGAAGUGCUGGCGGAAGGCGCACCACCUGUCGCUGGCCGGCCACCACCCUUCACAAAGCAGCAGCAGAGGGCGCUGCAAGAUGCCAUGUAUUACGCCGCUGAGACUGAUCAUUUAGAUAUAACUCUUGAGCUGCGUGCUCUUGGAGUCCCGUGGUCUCUCCACGCCUGGACCCUAUCACUAGCAGCUGCCGCAGAAUCUUCUCUCGACCACGUGAUAGAUCAGUUGUUACAAGACUUUUUACAGGUGUGUCCGUCGGAUGACAGUCACUAUAGUAAGCAGUUUAUUUACGAGUGUCUCCCUCUGCUUUUCAACAUUUUACGAUAUAGCAAGAAGGAAGGCACAGUACUGCUGCUCGCUGAUAUCCUGUGUGCGUGUUACGGCUGGGAGCCCGUGCCUGCCGUGAUGGAGCCGCCGCCCGCCGCGCCCGCUCCUGCUCGCGUCGAUCCCUCCUACGUCAACAACCCAUCGCUGGCUGACGUCACUUUCAGGGUGGAGGGCCGAUUAUUCUACGGCCACAAGAUAGUGCUGGUGUCGGAGUCGGCGCGGCUGCGCGCCAUGCUGGCCCCGCCGCGAACGCCGCCCGACGCGCCGCCCGCCAGCGCGCCGCCACUCGUGCAAAUCAAUGAUAUUCGAUACCAUAUAUUUGAGCAAGUGAUGAAGUACCUGUACUCGGGCGGUUGUUCGGGCCUUGAUGUGGCGGAAGGCGACGUGCUGGAAGUGUUGGCUGCGGCGUCCUUCUUCCAACUGCUACCGCUUCAGAGACACUGCGAGGCGCGCGCGGCCAAAGCUGUUGACCUGCAUAACCUUGUCUCCGUCUACAUACACGCAAAGGUUUAUGGGGCAACGCAACUUUUAGAAUACUGCCAAGGUUUUCUAUUACAAAACAUGGUCGCUCUUCUAACAUACGACGAUUCAGUUAAGCGAUUGCUUUUUGGUAAAAGGUUACCAGGACACAACGUUUUGGGUGCACUGCUGACAACGCUACAAAAGAGAAUAGAGUCCAGGAAAAGCCAGGCUAAAAGUAGAUAGCAGAAGUCGUCGCCUUAACGAUCUUAUUUUCAUGAUCCUUGUUUUAUUCUUUAAUCAGCCUUCCCUUUUCUCUGGAACGAAAAGGCCGAGGGCUAUCGACAUACUUCGUCAUGAAUUCAGUUGGUUGGGCUCUCGAAAUGUAAAUUGUAUUUGAAAACUAUGGACUUUUAUUUACUGCGAGUUAUUCUAAAAAGUCUGAUUGUCACUGACGUUAUAAGGCUCUAAAUUUCUAAAAUAAUCUAAAAGUUAAAGAGAGCCUUAUAUAAUGAAUAUAAAUAUGACUCGAAUUAGAAAAGCACAAAAGUGAUGAAAAAAAAGAGGUAUUCUUUUUACGAAACAAAAAGUAUGUAGUCGUAAGAAUUUAAUAUUUAUUAAAAUACCUAAUUCAUAUUGUUUUCAAAUUGUUUAAAACUAAUAAACCAAUAUCGUUGUUAUUAUGUGUCUACGCAAGAUUUAAUAGUUAAGACUCGACUACGGAAUAGUUAAUGUUGUUGAUGCUUAAAAGGUAUGACUCUAUGGCGACUAUCGUCUGUUAAACUACAUUUAAGCGCCUUAUUAGUUGGCGCCUCGUAGAAAACUAGGCUUUAUCAAAGGUGACGUGCUCUUUGAAUCUCAAACAAAUCCACCAAACAUCCAUUUAUAUAUUUUAUAUAGAUGUACAUACAGAAAUGAAGGAAUAUAAAUUUCUAUCCUUUACCGUAGUUGGGUAAAAAUUUAAAAACGUAAAAGAAAUAAGCUUAAAGUCCGUUUGUUUUUAAAAAAAAAUUAAAUAAG